CCUUUCUGCUGAGAGAGAAAGAGUGAAUUAUUAAUGGGUUGUGAAGCAGAGGCAGAGGAGCAUAGCAAGAUACCAAUGCUACCCUUGUUCUCUAUCCCAACAAUAAUGCAGUCACCAGAGCGUUCAGGGAUGCUUACUCCCCCACUUCACACUUCAGCUGCAGUUCCAUUUCGCUGGGAACAAGAGCCUGGAAAACCAAGGCCUUGCAACGCCCUUGUCACCUUCUCUAAGGGCUUGGAACUUCCUCCGAGGUUGCUAGCACCCUCACUCUUGGAGGGUUCUUUUGUGACCAGCAACAGAUUUCGGUCUCCAUCUUUUAGAAAGAGCAACAAUUGCUAUGGUUCUUUUAGUGCCGAUAGAGGGCUGCAUGGGGCUAUGGUUCUCACCAAAGGAGAGGCAAUCAAGGACAAAGGGUGGUUUUGUUCUUGGAGGAAAAAGGGCUUCAAGGUCAAUAGAGAGGUCACUGGGGGUAGUCAUGUCUUCCCAUCUUCUACUGCUACCUUUGGAGACACUCACAACAAGGUUAACAGGUCAAAGAUGAAACGUUCUGGAAGCUUUUCCAGCAGCCUAUCCCAUAACAAGUCUCGCGUCUGGACAACUAUCUGUGAGGGCUUGAAACAGGUGGUUCCGUGGAGUAGGAAAAAGCCGAAGAAAAAUGGGAGUGGCCUUAGGCUCUGAGAUUUUUUCUGGGCAACGUCGUCUGGUCAAAUUCAAUUAUAUGAAGCUACACCACUAUAAAAACUUCGGAUUAGUUCAUGCUCGCCACCUGUAGCUGUAUGUAUGUUUUCACAUGUUAUAAGUUGUACAGGAUUUAUAACCCUAUCAAUUAUCAAUUAUUAGAAGUAGGUAUCUCCGUGUAAUCUUGCAAUGUUACAGUUGUCUCUGUCAACGU